AUGGCACCACCGCUCAUGUCGCCCGUCUGGGCGCCCAACAUCUUCGAAGGCAAAGUCGUCCUCUGCACCGGCGGCGCCGGCGACAUCUGCUCUGCGCAAGUCAGCGCGCUCGUCGCCCUCGGCGCCAACGCCGCCAUCAUCGGCCGCAACCCGUCCAAGACGGACUCCCGCGCCGCCGAGAUCGUAGCCCUACGUGAGGGCGCAAAGUGCAUCAGCAUCAUCGCGGACGUGCGCGACGCCGCGGCAAUGGAGCAGGCGGUGGAGCGGACAGUGAGCGAGUUGGGGAGCGUAGACUACGUCAUAUGCGGCGCAGCAGGCAACUUCCUCGCAACCACCACGAACCUGUCCGCCAACGCCUUCAAGUCCGUGAUGGACAUCGACGUGCUCGGCUCCUACAACACCGUCAAAGCCGCGCUCGCGGAGCUGAAGCGCACGCGCGGAAAGAUCAUCUUUGUCAGCGCGACACUGCACUAUAACGGCCUGCCCUACCAGGCGCAUGUCAGCGCCGCAAAGGCGGCCAUCGAUGCGCUCAGCCAGGUGCUGUGUGUGGAGCUUGGGCCGCAUGGGGUCACUUCAAACUGUAUAGCCCCCGGCCCCAUCUCCAACACGGCGGGCAUGUCACGCCUCAGCCAGCCAGACGUUCUCGCGGCGUUAGCGCGCGCAAUACCGCUGCAGCGCUUCGGCACCGUGAGCGAGAUCGCCGACGCAACGGUGUUCCUGCUGAGCCCCGCGGGGGACUUUAUCAGCGGGACGACGCUGGUUGUUGACGGCGGUGCGUGGCACCGGCAGGGCGGUGGUGGCAGCGGGGUGGAGUAUCCAGAGAGUGUACUUACUGAGGGCGUGGUGGAGGGGGUGGAGGGCAGGAAGAGGGAGAGUAAAUUGUAG